AUGGAUUAUACCAGAGCUAUUCAAACUGUGCGACUCCCAGGAGCUGAGAAGCAUCGAAAUACAAUGAUUACUCUGAUAUUAUUGUUGGCUAUGUUGCAAACCGGACUGUCGGUCAUCGGCGGAUUCGAAGAAGUGGAAAAAAAUUUGCGUAUAAAAUUAGGUUUAAGCCAAAAACCUGUGAUAAAUGAAAACAUAAAGAUACCAACUGCCUCUAUGGAUCUGUUUAACUUAACAUCAGCACAAAAAAUGACAACACAUUUUCCUCUUCCUGGUUUGCACACAAUGUCUGCUAAUACUGCUAGGAUUUAUCCCAACAAAGGAUCAGCUCCAAUCAAAGUUAAGACUAAGAAAUAUAGAGUACAGUUCGAUAUAGAUUCUAUACCGGAACGAGAACAGGUUAAAGCUGCUGAAGUUCGUUUUACGAUGAAAUACGAUCAAGUACUACAGAAUGGAGAAAUUAUUCAUGUAAUUUUACAUGAUAUAAUCCAACCUGGCAUAAAGGGCCUAUCAAAACCUAUUUUAAGAAUUAUCGAUUCAAAAUCGAUUAAUAUAUCAACAAUUUCAAAGACCGAAAGUUUCGACGCAACACCAUUCAUUGAAAGACUGUUGAAGAACAAUUUCAAAGGAAACCACGGUAUGCUAGUACAAUGCUUCACGGAGUCUGGUAGUCACACUCAUUUAUUGAGUGUGUUUGAUUUUAUGUCACCUGAAAAUACAUUGCUAUUGGUCUACACCGAUGACGGAACAAGCCAGAAGAGCACGCUGGAACAGAUGAUACGGCGGACCAAACGAUCGGUUGGCCCUUCAACUGGGCCGAAGAAGAAAGCUAAAAAGACGAACUGCCAACGGUAUUCGAUGUAUGUAAAUUUCAAAGAGAUCGGGUUCAGCAAUUGGAUCGAGGCGCCGAGUGGGUACGACGCGUUCUACUGUGACGGGGUGUGUAAGUUCCCAUUGGCAGGUCAUCUUAAUGCGUCCAACCACGCAUUACUGCAGACGCGAUUAAACGCAAUUAAUUCGGCGUUGGUUCCGCAUACGUGCUGCGUACCGACCAAGCUUAGUUCGCAGUCAUUGCUUUACAAAGAUGACAAUGGAAAAUUGGUGUUGAAAAACUUCCAUGAAAUGACUGUGGACGAAUGUGGAUGUAGAUGAGAGCGGUAGUGGUGGUGGUAUUCAA